GCUUCGGCACUCGCUUGAUCGGGUCUGCGGUGCUGGCAGUGCGGAGCUGGCGGCCCGGGAGCCUUGCGCGCCCCCCGCUCCCGGAGUGCGGCGAUGGGGCUGGGCUCUAGCUCGGAGAUCCCCGACGGGGGCGCUGAGGGCUUCCAUGUGCACGGGGUUCAAGAAAACUCUCCAGCUCAGCAGGCCGGGUUGGAACCUUUCUUUGACUUUAUCAUCACAAUAGGACACACCAGGCUAAAUAAAGAAAACACCAUGUUGAAAGAUCUGUUGAAGGCAAAUGCUGAGAAGGCAGUGAAGCUGGAGGUGUACAACAUCAAAUCGAUGAAAGUGCGCGAGGUGGAGGUGAUCCCUAGCAACAUGUGGGGCGGGCAAGGGCUUCUCGGAGCCAGUGUGAGGUUCUGCACUUUCCAAGGAGCCAAUGAACACGUGUGGCAUGUUCUGGACGUAGAACCCGCUUCCCCUGCAGCUCUGGCUGGUCUGCAGCCCCACACGGACUACAUUGUUGGAUCAGAUCAGAUACUUCAGGAGUCAGAGGAUUUCUUCUCACUGAUUGAAUCCCAUGAGGGGAAGCCAUUGAAGCUGAUGGUGUAUAACACGGAAACUGAUUCCUGCCGAGAGCUAUUCGUAACUCCCAAUGGAGCCUGGGGUGGAGAAGGAAGUUUAGGAUGUGGUAUUGGAUAUGGCUAUUUGCACAGAAUUCCAACACAUGCUGCUAUGCCAAAGAAGAAGCAAGAAGAAAUCAAACCACCUUCACCUUUGCCAUUGGAAGACCGAUCCCCUGUGCCAUCUAUAAAUGGCUACAUAGAGGCUCCAUUGUUGGCACCUAAUUCCCAAAGGGACAGCUCUGAAGAAGUUAUGAACUUGGAUGAAUCCACAGGUCAAGAAAUGAAUAUGUAUUCAAUGGAAAACGCACUUCUCCCUCCUCCUCCUGUCCAAAGAGUUAUGGAUCCAGGUUUUCUAGAUGAGUCUGGUGUUUCAUUUCCUGAAAUUGUUGACUUAACGAAAAGCCUUAACUUACCUUCCUCUGCCCCCUUCAACAUGUCAGCUGCAGAAUCUUUGGCAGGGACUGAAAGUUUAAUACCUAACAAUGGAACAACUACUUAUUUUGAGCAUGCCCCGGCUUCCGUCCCUGCAGAUCUGACCACAUACGCGGAGGGCUCAGUUACACAGUCGCAGUUGGACCAUUUAAUGCCUUCACUGUCCCCUUUACCAUCCUUUGCUCUUCCUAAUGAUAUUUCUUCAAAGGCAACAGUAAGAACAGAUUCUUAUGCUCCAGAAACUGAACUCCUUGAGGCCUCACCAUCCACUAACCCAGUGAAACUUGACAGCGAUGAAAAGACACAUGAACUGAAAGAAGCUAUACAAGACUAGCACUAAAAAGGACACUUCCUUAAGUCGUCAAUCUGCAGUCUGCCAUAUGCUGUCAUGCUACAUCUCGAAUGUUGGCUUUUUGAUCUCUAAUGAUAAUUACAACUGUUCUAUUUUGUUAACAUAGGCAAUGCUGUAAGAGUGUACAGGUCCCGUACGCAGCUCUUGUUAUCUCGUCUCAGCAUUGUUUGCUAGAUGGAACUUUAUUUAAAUGUUAUGCAAACUCAGAUUAAUCUAUUGAUCAUGCAUCUAUUUGUCCUUUCAAAAAUAUCAGUUUUUAAAAAUUGAAUAAUCUGCUGGAGAUUAGAAAAACACACUAAUUUUUCCUCUAUUAACAAGCAUUAUUACAAUUGUUUUUAAUUUGUUGAUCCAAAGGCAUAAUUGCCUUUAUGUAAAGAAUAAGCUACAUUUUAAUGACUAUAUUUCCCUGGUAUCUUUUACAGCAUUUAUGAAAAAUGCUAGUCAUAAUUUUGACUUUCCAGAAAACAAUUUUUACAUCUUGACUCAAUUUUCCUGAACAAACACAUCACAUUUUUUAGAUCAUAUAGUUCCAAAAGAAACUUUGUUUUAUACAGACUUCUUAAUUAACAUGAAAGUAAUGCAAACUUCAUUUAACUUGUUUUGGAACUAAGUGUUCCACUGCCUUUCAUUUAGGGAGUCAAUGGGAGUGAAUUUAUUGGUUCCAGUAAAGUUAUUUUUGCAGGAAAUAGUGUACAUUAGAAAGUGCAUCAUAUACUGGGUGAUACAGAACUGCAAGUGGCUGUGAUUGGCAUUCAAUAGAUUGUUCGUUGGUCUGGAUGGUGGUCUUUUACAAAGAACUUUUUUAAAUGAAGAAGUUGUAAGGGAAA